CCGCAGACAUUUCUUCCGGAAUUAACUUCGUUGGAGCACUGCGAAACGAUACCAUGCGACAGAAUUUCAUUGGACACUGCUUAGAACGAUUUUUCCGACAAAUGAAAGUCUGGUGAAUACGGCAACCAAUUUCUCAAGUAUCCCGUCCUAAGUUCAAACAAUCUGUGUCAGGAAGCUAUCUCGGCCGAAGAACACAAUUCAGAAUUUAUCAAGUACUUUAAUCAGGAUAACAGCACUGUCCACCAGUGAGAUGGACGGUUCGCCAUCAUCAACAGGAUCUUCACAGUACCGUGUGCAUUUUACUGAACAAGAUCUGCAAUAUGUUCUGUACGGGAGAAAUCCUGUGGAGGUGGUACAAAUUUUAAAAACGACGACUGAAGAAGACAUGGACAGCUCAGAACAACAACCCGAGUUUCUCAAAACAGCACCAGACAAAAGAUGGAUUAACGUCGCCAUGGAGACAGGUCAAAGUAAGUCCGCAAGAAAUACAAAGCUAUGUUACGCUGUGUCCUCGUUCCCGGAUGAAGUGAAACUUUGCCUGUCUGGAAUCCCAGGGGAGGGCCACGGAGUUUGCGCAAAGCAUCAUAUUCCUGCGGGAACAUGGAUUGGUCCAUACGAAGGAAAGUGUCUUUCAUUGGAAACUGACAACGUUAACGUUACCCCGGAUAUAGACACGUCAUACAUGUGGGAGGUCUACGACAACGGUAAGCUGGCAUUUUUUUUGGACGGAAGUGAUACGGAUACCUCUAGCUGGAUGCGCUUUAUUCGCUGUGCUCGUCACAAGGAGGAGCAAAACAUGUUUGCAUUCCAGCACAACAAGAGUAUCUUUUAUCGCGCUUUCCGUGAAAUACCGAGUGGCACGGAGUUAUUGGUCUGGUAUGAUGACAAAUAUUACCUCCAGCACAUGGGAAUACCUGUUAGUAACUGGGAUAAGGACAUUUCACAGCACUUUCCAGUUUUUAAAGGGAAAGCAUCGAGCACGCAACAUGCAGGCAAUGUCACUAUUUCAAGCGCCCAUGAAUCACAGAGUGAACAAGAAACUUCUCCAGUUAAUAUGAGUCAUGAAACUAACCAUCAAGAGAGGAGCAGCAAGUCUUGUGUCAAAAACAGCCUCCCUCCUUGUAAGCGGCAGGUUGACAAAUCAUUCCCUCAAGAAACAGAACGACCCCUCAAGCUGCCCCGAAUGCAACAAGAAUCGAGCAAUGGUACCUCACCAGCAGAAAACAACUCGGUUACCACCACAGGAAUUCAGCUGACCACAGGAUACCGUAAGAUAUAUGAUAAAGUGUUGGAGAACAUCAGGGAAAGCGAUGAUUUCAAAUGUGGUCAGUGCAAAAUGUCCUUCACUCAACGCUCUCUUCUGAAUAAUCAUCUCUGUUCGCGCAUGCCUUGUAAGCCCUAUCGAUGUGGCCAUUGUCAUGAAUCUUUUGCGCAACCUAAAGAACUGCGCAUGCACGCAGUUGUUCACGUGAGUGAGAAGCCCUUCAAAUGCGGUUACUGCCUGCGAUCGUUCAGCGGAGCGACUACUGUGAAUAAUCACAUGCGCACGCAUACUGGAGAGAAGCCAUUUUCAUGUGAACGGUGUGGAAAGUCUUUUUCACAAGCUUCCCAGCUAAGUCGACAUCGUAGGAUUUGCAUAAAUUAAAAUUUAUCAAAAAUAUUUUUAAGCCCUCAUGAAGUUAGCCGUAUUUUGGCGAAAAUCUUAAAAGUAAUAAUUCUCAAAAUGAAUUAUAAAUAAGGUUGAAGAAUUCCAGUUAGCGUGAGCAAAACACCACUGAAUUCCAAUCAGAGGCCUUUUAUAGUUUGAAUUUAGCUUGACUUGUACAGGUGGUAAAUAUUUUUAUCUCUAUUGAGCAAUUAGGAACAUAUAUCAAGAAGUAAGUAAGAAUUAGAGUAAGUUCUUUAAAUGAACAACGUUGUAAUGUAAUUCAACUUGGUUUUUCUCUCUCUCACCUAUCCUUAAUACAUAAACAUUCCUUUUAUUUCGCUGUUUCGUCGUAAACAGAUUUGGUUGCUCUUCAGGCCAUCUGAUUAACUUAUAUUCAAAUCAACUCAUUUUUAAAAAUUUCUAAUGCAAUUCAUACUUUUCAAAAUAUAAAAACCUUUUUUGGCACUAGAAGGCUAAUAUUUAUCAUUGUUGUGCACCGACAGAUAAGGCGCAUAGCGUCUUUGAAUAUUUAUCUCUCGUUAGUGGCUAUGUACAAAAGCUGAUGAUGUAAAAAGGCUAGUUGUAAUGCACCUUCAAUCAUAUUGACGAUAAUGUAAUAAAAUAUUUCGUUUCCCAGUUACUCAGUCU